AGCGCUACGCGGGAGUGACACAGUUGACGAGCUGUAGCGGUUACAUUCGAUCACUCUUUUCCAAAAGCGGAAAAAGUACCGCUCCCGUGGAGGAAAAUGAGGCACACGUUGUUGCGGAGUCUCUAGUGCAAGCUGGCGGUGAAAUCCGUAUUCAAGUCGAUAAAAAU